GGCGGGGGUGGGCGUCUUGCGCAGGCGCAGUAAGGCGGGCGAAGCGAGGGAUCCGGAAGUGCUAUCGUGAGGGCUGGUUGGAGAGGCAUUCACAGACCCAGGGUGACCCCCGGCCAGUUCCCAAAGCUCGGCCAUCCUGGCUCCGGCUGUGCCUUCUGAGGAGUGACCCCACAGGAAUCCAAGGUGCUCCCAUGUGGCAGAAAGAGGAUAGAGCCCUUUGGUUGCCCCUGCACAGGAGAAGAGUAGGCGGUCCCCACUCCUGACUCAUCUCAUCUGACCAGAGAGGUCAGCUGGCUGAUGGAUGAGCCUGGCGCUUGCUUCUCUGAGGGCCUGGGCCUCAGAGGGAAUGAAGUCAGUGGGCUGGUAGCCCACUUCUGAGCCUGAGGCACGUGGGCCGGGAGCCAUGUCCUCCUCCAAACGGCCCGAGAGCAGGGGCUCCCGACAGUGGGACUGGGGCUGCCCUGAGACCCGGAGCGAACUGGAGGAGAUCUUUUUUGGGGAUCAGGAUGUCAUCCGCCGGGGUUCUGAGGACUGCCGCAAGUUCUGGGCCUUUUUCGAACGCUUGCAGACCUUCCAGAGGCCUAAGCCAGGCCCGGAGGCCAAGAGUUUGACUGAGGCCCAGGGACCCCGAUGCCCAGCUCUGGCUGACCUCCCUGCCACCUAUGACCCACGCUACCGCAUCAACCUGGCCUUGCUGAGCGGCAAGGGCGAGCCAGGCCUGGGCUCCAGGGGGGCCCGCAGCCGGCUGCCCCGCGACCGGCUGGAGGAGUUCCGCCGAGCUGUCCUGCACUACCUGGAUUUUGGGCAGAAGCAGUCUUUUGGGAAGCUGGCCAAGCUGCAGCGGGAACGGGCAGCUCUGCCCAUAGCCCGCUAUGGGCAGCACCUGCUUCAGGCCCUCAGAGAGCACCAGGUAGUGGUUGUGGCUGGAGACACGGGCUGCGGCAAGUCUACCCAGGUGCCCCAGUACCUGCUGGCCGCUGGCUUCAGCCAUGUGGCCUGCACCCAGCCCCGGAGAAUCGCCUGCAUCUCUCUGGCCAAGCGCGUUGGCUUCGAGAGCCUCAGCCAGUAUGGAUCCCAGGUGGGAUACCAGAUCCGCUUUGAGAGCACGCGGUCCCUGGCCACGAAGAUUGUGUUCCUGACGGAGGGCCUCCUACUGCGGCAGAUCCAGCGGGAGCCAGAGCUGCCCCAGUACCAGGUGCUCAUCGUGGACGAGGUUCACGAGCGCCACCUCCACAGCGACUUCCUGUUGGGCGUCCUCCGGCGGCUGCUGCCCGCCCGCCCGGACCUCAAGCUCAUCCUCAUGUCGGCCACCAUCAACAUCGGCCUCUUCUCUAGCUACUUUGGCCACGCGCCUGUGGUGCAGGUGCCCGGGAGGCUGUUCCCCAUCACGGUCAUCUACCAGCCCGUGCCAAAGGAGGAGGCGCCGACGUCCAAGUCAGAGAGGUUGGACCCCCGGCCCUUCUUACGCGUGCUGCAGGCCAUCGACCACAAGUACCCGCCUGAGGAGCGCGGCGACCUGCUGGUGUUCCUCAGCGGCAUGGCUGAGAUCAGCGCCGUGCUCGAAGCCUUCCAGCCCUAUGCGGCCCAUACCAAGCGCUGGGUGGUGCUCCCCCUGCACAGCGCCCUGUCCAUCACAGACCAGGACAAGGUGUUUGAUGUGGCGCCUCCUGGGGUACGAAAAUGUAUCCUGUCUACCAACAUCGCAGAGACCUCGGUGACCAUCGAUGGCAUCCGCUUCGUGCUGGAUUCUGGUAAAGUGAAGGAGAUGAGCUUUGACCCCAAGGCAAAGCUCCAGCGACUCCAGGAGUUCUGGAUCAGCCGAGCCAGUGCUGAGCAGCGGAAGGGCCGGGCUGGCCGCACAGGACCCGGGGUGUGCUACCGCCUCUACGCUGAGUCCGACUAUGACACCUUUGCCCCUUAUCCUGUCCCAGAGAUCCAGAGGGUGGCCCUGGAUACUCUGGUACUGCAGAUGAAGAGUAUGGGGCUAGGGGACCCCCGUGACUUCCCCUUCAUUGAGCCCCCGCCCGCCCCCAGCCUGGAAACGGCCAUCAUCUACCUGCGGGACCAGGGCGCCCUGGAUGCCUCGGAGAACCUCACACCCAUAGGGACCCUGCUUUCUCAGCUUCCUGUGGACGUGGUGAUAGGGAAGAUCCUGAUCCUCGGCUGCCUCUUUGACUUGGUGGAGCCGGUGCUGACCAUGGCUGCGGCCCUGAGCGUCCAGUCCCCCUUUGUGCGCAGCACUCAAAGCAGCAUGGACUGUGGCUCGGCCAGGAAGCCCUUGGAGAGCGACCACGGGGACCCUUUCACUCUGCUCAACACCUUCAACGCCUGGGUGCAGGUGAAGUCAGACCGCAGCGCCAACUCCAGGAAGUGGUGCCGCCGCCGGGGGCUCGAGGAGCACCGCAUGUAUGAGAUCGCCAACCUGCGCCAGCAGUUCAAGGGGCUGUUGCAGGACCACGGGCUGCUGGCCGAGGCCCGGGCGGCACCAGGGGACAGCUAUGGCCGCCAGCAGCAGCACCGCCAACGCCGGGAGCUAUACCAGCUGAAGCGCCAGCACGAGGAGGGCGAGGGCCGGAAGCGGAAGGUCCUGCGGCUGGAGGCCCUGGAAGGCGGCUCCUCCAGCGGCGAGGAUGCAGAGGCGGCCGGCUCGCAGGCCGGGGACGGCGCCCACCGUGUGGACAUCCAGGAUGUGAAGUUCAAACUGCGCCAUGAUAUGGACCAGCUCCAGGCUGUGGCCAGCUCUGCCCAGGACCUGUCCCGGGACCAACUGGCCCUGCUGACGCUGGUGCUGGGCUGGGGCCUCUACCCCAAGCUGGCUGCCCCUGACCAGUACAACAGCUGCCGCAAGGACUCGGACCAGUUCUUCCACACCCAGAGCAAGCAGGGGACUGUCCUUCACCCCACCUGCGUGUUCGCCAACAAUCCAGACCUGCUGCAGGGAGGCCAGGCCGAGGCCCAGGAAAAGAGCCGAGAUCAGAAAGCCGGGAAGAGCGGCCGGCACCAGCUUCUGGCCUUCGUCUCCCUCCUGGAGACCGACAAGCCCUACCUGGUGAACUGCGCGAGGCUGCCGGCCCUGCCGGCCCUCCUCCUUUUCAGCCGGAGCCUGGACACAAGCGGCGACUGCACGCGCCUGGUGGCGGACGGCUGGCUGGAGCUCCAGCUGGAGGGCAGCGAGAGCGCCGUGCAGCUCCUGGCGGCCGCCCUGCGCCUCCGGGCCCGCUGGGAAGAGGCUCUGGACCGGCAGCUGGCCCGCCAGGCCAGGCCGCAAGGCGAGGGGACAGAGAGGAAGGCAGCGAGGAAGGCGGUGGCGGCGUUGGGCCAAGACCUGCUGGACUUCAUGAGAUCCAAGGUGUCCUACAGCAUCCACAGGCUGACUGCCCUGGAGGCUCAGAACCUCUAUGUGGGACCUCAGACCGUCACAGCUGCCCCCCAGCUCCCAGGCCUGUUUGGGGAGGCAGCCUUGACUCCUCAUGACACCAAGGGGGGCUACGCCGUCACGAGCUUCCUCACCUACAACUGUCUCACGAGCGACGCAGACUUGUACAGUGACUGUCUGCGCACCUUCUGGUCCUGCCCUCACUGUGGCCUCUACAUGCCCUUCACCCCCAUGGAGCGGAUGUGCCACGAGAACUCCUGCCAGCCGGCCCCCGAAGAGGCUGCCCAGGGGGCCAGCGAUGAGGAGGCUGCCUCUGGCCGCCAGGCGUCUGUUCUGCAGAGGGCCUACCACUGUGAGGUCUGUCAGAAGGACUUGCUGCUCACCCCCACAGAGAUCCUCCGACACCGCAGACUGCACCUGUGAGGGUGCCCCCCUGCCCCCUGCCCUGGACCCGAGGCUGAGCCGGCCCUUCAGGUUGUUCCCAGCUGCCUGCGGCCCCCACCUCUGUGCUCUGUGAAUAAAGGCAGUGGCUGCCGCCUUACCUCUGCAUACCCUCCGUGCUGGGGCCAGACCCAGAGGUCACGUGUUCCAGCCCUGGCCUCGGAACCGCCAAAGUCCAUCGCCCUGGGGUCCGGAGCCGCUCUGUUCCAUGUGCCCCUGGCCUUGGCUUCUUGCUCCCCUUCAUGCCUGGGCUGGGAGGAGGCCCCGUCCUUCCCCCUCCCUGAGCUUCAUGUGCCGCUGGUCCCAGAAGUAUCAGGGUGUCCUGCAACACGAGCUUGUCCUUGUGUCAGGAACCGCCUGACAGGCUCCUGCAAUGGGCUAUCUGAAGGGGGCGCCCUGCAGGGCAGCUGAGUGUCCCGAGGCCCGGGUCAGCCAAUUACCUGGGAGAGCUCAUGGCCGGCCAGGGCCCCACAGUUGGGGAGCUGCUCCAGGUGGCCUUGGGGCCCUCCCUCGUGCCCCAGCUUCUGUGGGGGGAUCUCCCCUGGGAGCGACCUGCUCCUCCAAAGAAAAUGAGCCCCUUCCAUGGGCGUCCUCAGAGCCCAGAACCAGAACUGCAGAGGACUCUACAGAGAGGAAACCAAGGCCUGGGUAAUCCCAGUCACAGAGGUCAUAGCCAAGGUGGGAUUAGAACCCGGGGCCCUGCACUGUCCUCCAUAGCACCCCCGGUGAUCUGCCUCGCCCUGGUGUGUUGGGGAAACGUCCUCACCUGGUUGUCUUUCCUUUCCUCCAGUUGGUCCAUUGGUCCGAUGGUAGAAUUGGGCCGGGCAGGGCCGUCAGCCUGCCCCAGCUGCGGCUCAGUGCCCGUCCUGAGGAGGAGUCCAUGGGCAGUGCCAUGGAGCGGGAGCUCCACAGAUGGCCAUAGCCUUCUGGGCCAGGGAGGGUAGCUCUCCCAGCCCCCUCCUCAUGAGGUGGAAGAUAGAGAAGGCUGGAGAGGUGCUCUGAACCCCCAGAACCCAGGGGUUCUUAACCCGGGCUCCUGAACUUGUCUUUGGGAGAGUUCAUUUCAUCAUAAGCCGAAUUUCCAUUGAAAUCCCAUCUUAAAACAUUGUUUUUAGAAAAGUCUCAGCCUCCCCAGGAGGUCCCAGAUGGCCCAGAACGGCUGGUGACUUUGGCUGGGGGACCUUGUGUGCAUGUGGUUUUAUGUUGGCGAGAUCAUAGGCAAGGGUGGCAUCGUUGGAUAUAAUGUUUAAAGACCAA